CUACGCUUUAGACUUUUUUCCACGACGAAAUGGGCAAACGCGACGAACACCUGGAUGGGCCGGCGCAGCCAAAGCCGCCGAGUCGCGCAUGGACGGCGGCCAAGGUGCUGGUGCCUGGGCUGGUGCUGUAUCUGGUGAACGCGUACCUCGGAUACCCGAUUCGGGUAACACCAAGUGAGCCCACGAAGCCAACAGAGCCGGUGCUUGAGCUGCGCGAAGUGUUUAUGCAGUCGACUCCGCAGCCACCAUCAUCGCUGACAUCCCUGUACGCACAGGGCACAAAGGAGGGUCGCCUGGCGUUGCAUGCGUGGUACGAGGACCAGGCAUCGCAGGCACAUAGCCGCGGCUACACGUUCCCGCAUCGGCUUGCCCGCUGGACAAAGCCAGCGACAGGCUACAUGGGGCAUAUGCUGGGAGUGGCGAGCAAGGAGCCACAGCAUGCGAUCACGUUCGAACGCUCGCAGGCGGCGGCGCCAAUGAAGAUUGUGCAGAUGGCAGGCGUGGGCGAAAAGGUGCAUGCGACUGGAACGGGCCGACUGCUGAAUGGACUGCGCAAUCAGUACUUGUCGAGCGCACAUGGCAGGCAGCACAGCUACUGGUCGGCAACGCCCGAGCGCGGCGUGGCCUUUGAGGAUUAUUACUUUAACAACCGCUUUGCGGCGCAGGACAAUGGCGACGAUGAUUCUGAUGACGACGAUUAUCCGCCGCCUGACCCCGCCAGGGACAAGUGGGAAUAUUAUGUGGAAGACGGGCUGCGCGUGCCCAACAUUACCCACAAGCCGACGCUGCUGAGCCUGGCGCGCAUGGCGGCGAAUGCGUACCAGCCGACGACCUCUGAUACGUGGGAGCAGCUGGGCGACCGGUGGGAUACUCACGACUCGUUCGGGUGGGCCAGCGACGGGCUGCGCGGCCACGUGUUUGCCGACGCAAAGAACUCGACGGUGGUGAUUUCGUUCAAGGGCACGUCGUCGACGUUCUUCCUGGGUGGCGGUUCCGAGACAUCGGCCAAGGACAAGUACAACGACAACCGUCUGUUUUCGUGCUGCUGCGGGUAUGUCGACUUUUCAUGGUCGACGGUCUGUGACUGCCACAUGUCGGGGUUCAAGUGCAACGCCAACUGCCUGCAGGAGAAUCUGAGUGACGAGGUCGCCGACAACUACUUCUUUGCGGCCUCGCAGAUUUUCAUGGAUGUGGUGCAGCGCUACCCUGAUGCCGACAUCAUCCUGACCGGGCACUCGCUGGGUGGCUCUGUUGCAGCCAUGCUGGGGCUGACUUUUGGGCUUCCGGCUGUUGGCUUCGAAGCCGUCGGCGACAUGAUGCCGUCGAAGCGCCUGCACCUUCCGCAGCCGCCAGCCAUGGUGAUGGAGCGCAUGCCGCUGUUCCAUGUCGGUAACACCGCCGACCCGGUGUUCAUGGGCGUGUGCACCGGCCGCACAUCCAGCUGCUACUAUGCCGGAUACGCACUCGAGUCCAAAUGCCACAACGGCCGCAUGAUGGUCUUUGACACGGUUGCCCGCCGUGACUGGCGCCUGGACAUCCGCCACCACCGCAUCAACGAGGUCAUCUACAUGGUGUUCGAGCCGUGGGGCCUGUAUGAUCCCGAGGAGACCCUGCCGGAGCUGGAGCCCGAGGAUCGCGACUGCGUCGACUGCGGGCUGUGGAAGUUUGUAGACGACGAUACGCCACAGUGAGCACCCCAUGUGCUUUUUUCCGGCUUUAUCAACAGUGCUUGUCCCAUCCUGUGGCUGGGAAGCCGUAGAGCCUGCUGGCUCCAUUUUUAUUCUCCCGCUCUCCCCACUAAUGUGUCUACGGAGAACAGGUUUUCUGGGUUCCUGGCAGCAUCCCUCUCUCCUCCGUGACCUCCUUUUUACUUCUAUAAAUACACUAUAUUUUAUCCACGC